UCACUGCUGUGCGCGCUUCUGAUCUAACAGCAUCAUUAUUCUCUUUGCUGGAGCAUCAGUCGGUGUGUUAUCAGCAUGAGAACCGCCUGGUUUAAGCGGUCAGUCAUGGUACUGGGGGGCUUUGGUCUCGUCCUCUGCGGGGUCAUGUUUGUGAUGAGUGGAUAUAAUCAAGCUGCGGCUGACAAAGAGGACAAGCGUUCAGUCAGGAGGUUUUCUGACCUGGAGUCAAGCAUCAGCAAUCUCUACAAUGUCGUCAAAUCUUUUGAAAAAAAGCAGGACACCCUGCAGAAAAUGCUCGAAGAGGAAAGGGGCAGACAGAGAAAAGCUCCAGAGGUGGAAAAGCCACCAGUCAAAAAGCAGCCAGAGCCAAAGAAGGAGAAACCUGCAGCAAAGAUCCAGGACCAAAAGGAGGUCCCCAAAGAGAAAAAGUCCAAGAAAGUGUUUCCCAACUCUUACCUGUUCAAGAAGUGGGGGGAGAAUCUGUCUGAGGAUGACCAAAGAGAGGCACAGGGUUUGUUUGAGAAGUACGGAUACAACGUUUUUCUCAGCGACCGCCUUCCUCUAGAUCGAGUUCUUCCAGAUACCAGGGAUAAAAGGUGUCUUAAAAAGAUUUACCCAAAGGACAUGCCAAACGUGGGAGUGGUGUUGAUCUACCUAAAUGAGGCCCUGUCCAUCCUCAAAAGAGCUCUGCGUAGCAUCAUCGACCGCACCCCUAAAAACCUGCUGAAGGAGAUAAUUAUGGUGGAUGACAAUAGCUCCCAUGAGGACCUGAAGGGGGACCUCGACGCGUACGUGAAGUCGCUCGAGCAGCAGAACCCAAGUCUCCGUAUUACGAGAGUGAGGCACAAUGAGCAGCGAGGCCUUUCAUACGCCAGGGCUGCUGGGUGGAGGGCUUGUACUGCUGACGUGGUGGCCAUCCUGGACGCACACAUCGAAGUCCAUGAGAUGUGGAUUGAACCCCUGCUGACACAGAUCAAAGCUGACCGAACGGUGGUGACGUCCCCUGUAUUUGACAGAGUCAACUUUGAUGACCUCAAAGUAAUUCCAUACUCUCCAGCAGCACAUGCCUUCGACUGGGCUUUAUGGUGCAUGUAUGAGGGUUUUACGCCAGAUUAUUACGAACUCAAAGACGGCUCAUUGCCUGGAAAAAGUCCAUCGGUCAUGGGGAUCCUAGUGGCCGAGAGGAAGUUUCUAGGAGAAAUUGGAGUCCUCGAUGAAGGAAUGAAAGUGUACGGUGGAGAAAACGUUGAGCUGGGAAUCCGCGUGUGGACAUGUGGAGGCAGUGUUGAAGUAGUUCCAUGCUCCAAGAUCGCCCACAUCGAGAGGGCCCACAAGCCCUACCUGCCUGACCUGGCCCCAGCCAUGAAGAGAAACGCCCUGAGAGUAGCAGAAGUCUGGAUGGAUGAAUACAAACACAACAUCAACUUGGCUUGGAACUUGCCAUUUGAGAAUCACGGAAUUGACAUCGGGGAUGUCUCCGAGAGGAAAAAACUCAGGGAAAGGUUGAAGUGCAAACCUUUCAAAUGGUACCUGGAAAACGUGUAUCCCAAGUUGGAUCCCUGGGACAACAUUCUUGGUUAUGGAGGAAUGAAGAAUCUUGAUGCUGAAAUGUGCUUAGACCAAGGCCCAGUGCCAGGUCACACACCCAUUGCCUACAAUUGCCACUACUAUGGACCUCAAAUCGCCUAUUAUCGCUCAAAUGGUGAGCUCUAUAUCGGUGGCCUCAAGUCCCACAAGUACAAUGACAACCGGUGUAUAACUGACAUCGGCAAAAAAGAAACGAAGCCUGGCCUUUACAACUGCAAAGAGGCUAAGAAGAAAGGAAUGGGGAUUUACUGGGACUUCACUCAGGGCAAAGAAGUGAAGAGCAAAAAGACAAAAAGAUGUCUGGAGAUUAUAAGAGGCCAACUUCUAAUACAGGAAUGCUCUGGCCAAAGAUGGGAAAUCCAAAACAUCAUCAAGGCCUUUUAAAAAGAAGAGCACUUUUCUGCUCAUAUGUCAGUGGGUAUUAUUGCCUGAAUGUGUAAAAUGUAAAAGAAAGUCAAUGAAAUUUGACAACC